UAGUCCAACUACAAACAACUGAGCUUUCCUAAUUUUAAAAAAUAAAAGCACAUAUUCACAGAGAAAGGGAGAGUAGUGUAGUAUAAGCUAAGCAAACCAAACCAAACUACACUACACUAUUCUCUCACCUCUGAUUAGGGUUUUUCUUUCUUUUUACUAUUCUGCUUGAUCAUUUUUUCUUUACUUUCAUGGAGAAUUCAGCUACUGACCUUCAGCCUCUUGAACAAUUCUCCUCCGACUCCGCCAUUCAACCUCAGACAUGUAAUCAAGAAGAUAAAAGUGAAGAGACUUCCUUGGUUCAGCAAUCAAGACGUCCUAACCUAUCCUCCUUGCAAAUUCCUGCAAGGUCUCUAGAGAAUUCUCUCUCUGAUUUUAUGAGAAAUGACAAUUCUUCUGUAUCUAGUCCUGCUUCUACUAGAGCUGGACUUCCCCCCAGACCAAAUUCAGCUAAGGUCAAGUCAUCCAUAAAAGGCCUGUUUCCUCAAAGAAGUCUGAAAGUGAAAAAUUUACCUCAGGAUGUUGAGAGGACUGUUCUUAUUAUACCGGAGAUGCUUCCAUCAGAUGGUUCUUGUGAAAGGCCUACUACUUCAAGGUCGUUUUCUCUUAAUAAGGUUUUUUUCUCUUCAUCAAGUAAAGUAACAAGUUCUUUACCAGUUACACCAAUGGCAAAUUCAGGCCUAGAGCAUGUACAGGAUGGACAUCUGGAGAAUCGUUCUGAGUUUUCUACUAUUGAAGUCAAUCAUCAUAUCACCCGCUCAUUAUCAGUGCCAGUAAAUGUUAAGACUAGAAGUUUAAGGCGAAUAGAUUCUGGUGGUGUAUUUCGUGUAAUAUCAGCUACUCCGCGUCCUGCAACUGUUGAUGGAGCAUCCCGAAAUGAUGCCCCAGUGACAGAAGCUGCUAGUGAAGAUGCUGGUGAAGAUAUUCCUGAGGAAGAAGCUGUUUGUAGGAUUUGUUUUGUCGAGCUUGGGGAAGGUGGUGAUACACUAAAAAUGGAGUGCAGCUGCAAAGGAGAGUUGGCACUUGCACACCAAGAGUGUGCAGUGAAAUGGUUUAGCAUUAAAGGCAACAAGACCUGUGAUGUCUGCAAGCGAGAUGUUAAAAAUCUGCCUGUGACAUUGCUAAAAAUACAGAACCCUCCUCAAAUUCUUAGACGGCCGCCUCCAGCACCUCAGCAUAGGGAAUCUAUCCGUUAUAGGAUCUGGCAGGAUAUUCCAGUUCUUGUCAUGGUUAGCAUGCUUGCCUAUUUCUGCUUUUUGGAGCAACUUCUGGUAUCUGAUUUGGGUCCUCGGGCACUAGCAAUUUCUUUACCAUUCUCUUGUGUUUUGGGCCUCCUUUCUUCAAUGAUUGCUUCCACUAUGGUGAGCAGGAGUUACAUAUGGGCUUAUGCUUCUUUCCAGUUUGCCAUCGUCAUCUUGUUUGCCCACAUAUUUUAUACCAUUCUUAAUGUAAACCCAAUCCUUUCAGUUCUUCUUUCCUCAUUCACUGGCUUUGGGAUUGCAAUCAGCACAAAUACUUUGCUAGUUGAGUACCUUAGAUGGAGAACUAGCAGGCAGAUGCAAUCCACCCGCCAACAAAUUGAAAUUGCAUUACAGCAACAACAACAACAACAACAACGACAUCUUCACCAGCAGUGGCAGCAGCAAGAGCAGUAUCAACACCAUCAACCACAAGAAUUCAGAGAAAUCCUGCAACAGCAAGAACGCCAUCAAGAAAAUACUCGAGAGCACCAACAACCACCAUUGGAAGUAUCAAAUAUGGGCCCCCUUCCUAGUUCCAGACAUCAAAUAAUUCUGACUACAUAGAACAUCUUUUGACCUUCGGCUCAUUGAAAAAUGAAUUCAAAUCUCGACCAAGUAUAAAAGGCUUAGCUUUCGCAAUGGUCUUAUUGGAAGUGUGGCCAAAUGGUUUCAUACCAUGUGAGCUUCGACCUAGUUUUGGAAUUUGUAUUCUCUCCUUUAAUGUGUAGGAAGAGAUUCCACCUUUAACAGCUAUCAAGUGCAUUGGGUUUGAGCCUAUCUUGAGGUUUUGUUCUGGCCAUUGGUUUGCUUUGUUUGUCCAGAAAGAGUGGUUUUGGUCUGAAUAGUAAAUGUAUAUGGUGUAUCUUUGCAGUUCACACAUUGUAAAAUAAUAGACAUUCUUUAUCCAUU